GGGCGGGAAGCAGCGAUCCCGGGAAGGAGGAGGACCCGACGGGCAGGGGCGGGGCCAGACAAAUAGCCGCGAGGGCGGCGUAUCGGGAUUUGGCUAUGGAGACCUGGGGUUGCCGCUACCAGUUUCGCAUCGCGCUGCUUGGAGAGGCAGCGGUGGGCAAGACGUCGCUGCUGCGACGUUACGUGGCGGGGGCGCCCGGGCUCGAGACCGAGUCCGAGCCGGAGCCCACCGUGGGCGUCGAGUUCUACAGCCGCGCGCUGCAGCUGACUGCCGGGCCGAGGGUCAAGCUGCAGCUGUGGGACACCGCAGGACAGGAGCGCUUCAGGUGCAUCACCAGGUCCUUCUACAGGAAUGUGGUGGGAGUUCUGCUGGUCUUUGAUGUGACGAACAGGAAGUCUUUUGAACACAUCCCAGACUGGCACCAGGAGGUCAUGUCCACUCAGGGGCCCAACAAGGUGAUCUUCCUGCUGGUUGGCCACAAGAGUGACCUGCAAAGCACCCGUUGUGUCUCUACCCAAGAGGAAGAGGAGCUGGCUGCCUCCCUGGGUAUGGCCUUUGUGGAAACUUCAGCCAAAAACAACUGCAAUGUGGCUCUGGCCUUUGACGUCCUCACCACUGGUAUCCAGCAAGCCCUGCAGCAGGGGGACAUCAAACUGGAAGAGGACUGGGGGGGUGUCCGGCUCAUUCACAGGGCCCAAAUCCCUAGGUCCUGUAGCAGGAAACAGCACCCAGGCUCAUGCCAGUGUUGACUUGAGAGAGAAGGUGUUAAAGUAGAGCAGACUUCAGAUUCCCUGGUGGGACAGAGUGUUAGUAUCUUUGGAGGGCAAAUGAGGAGGGUUAAUUUCAAUGGAAUCUUUGUUGUUGUUGUUGUUACCAGGGAUUGAACUCAGGGGUACAUGGCCUCUGAGCCACAUUUCCAGCCCUAUUUUGUAUUUUAUUUGGAGACAGGGUCUCACUGAAUUGUUCAGUGCCUUGCUUUUGCUGAGGCUGGCUUUGAACUCGCAAUCCGAUACUCUUGCCUUAGCCUCCUAAGCCACUGGGAUCACAACGGUAGUCACCAUGCCUGGCUUCAACAGAAUCUUGACAACCUCAUGCCUCCUGCAUUUUGGGGGUUUAGCUCAACUCCUUUCUAGAUUAAGGUUUAAGAAACCAAUUAUGCAGUGUCCUUUCCUUAAGCCUCAGUUUCUCAUCUGACAAUAAGGCUUAUAAAAGAUGAACAGGGAAUUUGUGACCAUGAAUGAAAUUAUAGGUGUGCUCACUCAGAGUCUGCCAUUCUAAGAACUGAAUAACAAAAGCUGUCAUCCCCUCCAGUAUCUUUCUUGGCUUAGGCUGUUUCUGGAAGCAUUCCUGGGCUUAGCUUCUGGACGCUGCUGCUCUGGCAAUGUGUGGGGAAUUCCAGUACAAGACUGGCUUUUAGAGCCUCCUUAGGUCCUCAGGCUAGAAAGAGUUUGGGCAUGGAAUCAGAUGUGGCCUCAAUCUAAGGUUGCUGCCCAGUGUUCCCACAAGCCCAGGGGCUAAAUGAGUGUGGGAGGCAGGGCUGAACAUGAAUGUGUAGCAAGCAUGCUGAGCACACAGUGGACACUACGAUGAGCCACCAACGGCAGAGGGAUCUAUGCUCCCACCUACCACCCUGCCACCAAGGGCAGAGGGAUCUAUGCUCCCACCUACCACCCUACCCCUGCUGCUGGGAGUACUUCGAGGUGACAGACAUGAUUUGAAAUACUCUCUGGGAACUGUCCACCCCUAAAGGGCAGUCCAUAUCCAAUUUCCACCUACGGGUGGGAGGAUAAAGGCCUUGCCCUCUCUUCCCAACUCUGAAGAUCAAACCCAGAUUCAUCCCUCUCUAUCUAAAGACUUCAUUGAGAACAUUAUUGUGACAAUAUCACAGCCAAGUUCUCCCUCCUUCCCUUCCUUCCCCAACCAGGUAGGGACUUGAAGAAUGCCCCAUAAUAAAUGUCUGCCUCCUGAAGAAUUUAAUUUGCUAGGUGAGACUAUUGUGGACUUCAUGGAAGAAAUGGUGCUUAUGUUGGACAGAUCUCAGCAGGCAUAGAGAGUAUGUCACUGUGCCAGUGGGCAUGAGCAGAGCAUGGACAAUUGCCACAGUAAAAAGACCAUAACCACUUAACUCAUUUUGUGAGUUGGGCCAGUUACCUCACCUCAGCCUCAGUUUCCUCCUCAGUAACACGUGAUUGAUAAUCCUUCCUUCCUUGAGUUCUUGGGAGGUUUUUUUUUAAAUAUUGUUUUUAGUUGUUGAUGGACCUUUAUUUUAUUCAUUUAUAUGCGGUGCUGAGAAUUGAACCCAGUGCUUCACAUAUUUGAGGCAAGUGCUCUACCACUGGGCCAGAGCCACAGCCCCAGCCCUCUUGGGAAGUUUUCAGUUAGGUUGUUUCUUAGCUUCCUCCCAUGGAGGCUGGUCUAGGGUUGACCUCUCUGUGAAUGUGUUCCUCCCUUUUUUAAAAACAACCUCACUAGGCUGGAACAGUGUACAGGUUUGUAAUCCCUACUACAGGGGGGCGCUGAAGCAACAAGUUUGAGGCCAGCCUCAGUAAUUUAAUGAAACUCUGUCUAAAAAAAAAAAAAAGGUAGGGUGCAGGGAUGUUAGUUCAGUGAUAGAAUAGUGUUCCUCGAUUUUACCCCCAGUACCGCUGAAUAAACAAAUAAUUAAAAUAACCUCACUUAUCCUUGUAGUAACCCUCUAAGGUCUGUACAAUUAUCCCCAUUUCACAUAUGAGGCCAAGAGAGGGAAAGUAUUUGUUUUAGGGCAUAUUUUCAUUCCUUCAUCAAAAUUUUUCUGAACAAGCAUCUACUCUGUCAGAAUCUCUGGAGAUAUAGCAGUAGCCACAACUGAAAAGCCCUUUAGGGCUGGCAUUCUAGUGGAAGAGAGAGAAAAAAAUACAAAUAAUGAACUAAACGAUUUCCAGUUGUAAGUGCUGUGAAGAUGUAACAAAAAGUUAAGCUGGGCGCAAUGGCGCACCUCUGUGAUCCCAGUGGCUUGGGAGACUGAGGCAGGAGGAUAGAGAGUUCAAAGCCAGCCUCAGCAAAAUCAAGGCACUAAACAACUCAGUAUUUUAUUCUAAAUAAAAUGCAAAAAAGGGAUGGGGAUAUGGUCAGUGAUUGAGUGUCCUGAGUUCAAUUCCCCAGUGCCAAACAAAACAAAACAAAACAAAACAACCUUUAAGACUCCUCACUUUUGCCUAUAAGUGUCAGGUAGCUAAAAGCAGGAUUAAAGAUUUUGCAUCUCCAUCUCCAUCUUACAUCCAUCCUCUUUGUUCUGAGUCAUCUUGGAUUAUAGGAACAAGGCCUGAUUCAAUAAACAUGUGAUGAGUGGAAGCUACCUCCCGUCCUUAGGCAAAGGCAACUUUCUUAUCUGAGGGCCACCUGACCCAUCCUGAGAUAAUGAUGGAUAAAUCACACCUAAUCAAGAUCACCUGCUUUGGCAGCUGUGACAAGCCUCUGACUAUGCAACCCCAUAUACAUACCUUGUCUUUAUUCCCCUAUAAAACCUCAAAGUCUCUGUCUGGGCUAAGGACAUGUAUCCUCUUGUCUUUUUGAUGUAGUUAUACUGAUUAAAGUUCCUUCAUGCUUUUUGCCAUUA